CCGAUGUGAGACUGACAUCUGAGACUUCCGAGAUCUUAUAUUAAUUAACACGGCAACUUUGCGUGUAAUAUCGAUAUUAGAAAUGCAAAUAAAGUGUACAAUAUGUGAUAUAUCGUAUUUUAAUAGCACAUAUUGUUUCAUCUGAUAUCCUAUACAACAGUGGCAUUCCUUCGCUAACCGACACGAAUUGCGAGUCAUCAUGGUGAACUUUUAUAAAAUAGGUAACUCAGUCGCUUCGGCACUUUUUGAAUACAACACAAGCAAAAUUGUUCACAUCAAUAGUAAGAAAGUUGGCUUCGUCAAUCGAUUGAUACAACUGCUGAUUAUCGGUUAUGUUAUCGGGUACGUAGGUAUAUGCCAUAGUCAAUAUUUACAGUCUAGCUUAUAAUGAUUUUAAAUAGCAAUUUUGGUCGAAUAUCGUUGCUAACUUAGUUGCAGGAGGGAUAUAUAGCAUGUGGAUAGCUCACACUUCCGCAACCUUUUGAUACCUCAGAAUUAAUAAGGCCUGAUUGUCCACGUUACUGUGUAACACCUAAACUGCUGACGAAGGACCUUUGGCUUCGCUCAAAACGACGGAAUUCUCCUUAUUUAUAUUAUUCGCAGUACCUACACUGGCACAGACAGUUCUAGAUUUCAGAAUACCCGUCCAUUUCCGAUACUGUUUAUUUUUAGACGUCUGCUGUUUGUAUAAAUUUUAUAUAAACAAAUUUUAUUGUAAAUAUAUUGUAUUCUAAUAUCAACUUUGUUCGUAACAAAAUGUCAAAAAGGACAGAUUUUGGUUGUAGGUUUUUCAUAACAUAUGCAUUUUAUUCCUAUAUUAGCGUGCACGAGAGAAAGGCGCGCAACGUACGAGAAAUGUUCGCCUGUCGCGCAGGCUAAGUACCCUCUGACUGCAUGAUCUGAAGUUUGGUCAAGUCAUAGUCAAGUAGCAUAGUUAUGCCUUUGAAUAUAAUACAAACAUUGAAUAUUAUCAGCAUAACCAUUCAAGCUGGAUGGUUAUGCCAUUAAAUAUUAUCUGUCAUCCCCACCCCCACCUCACCUAGAAUAUCUAUUACAGCCUACCCAUUUACCCAUUUAAACGAGUAAAUUCAAUGCGUUAGAUUUUGAUGUAAUUUUCCCAGGUACGCCAUAAUUUACAAGAAAGGUUAUCAGAAGUUUGACGUGGGUCUCAGUUCAGUCACGACAAAAGUCAAGGGGGUUGUACAAACCAAUCUGUCCAUAAAUUAUCCAAUCAGAGUCGAGAAUAAAACCACUUGGGGGGUUUUUAAUCAAGGACCUCGAACCUGGGACUCUGCUGAUUACGUCACACCGGCUGAGGUAGGUAGUGAAUGGAAUAGGGGGGGGGCAUGAAGAAGACAAAUUACCAAAUUACUCGUUCAAUAAAUAGAUUAGAAUUUCUUUCGAAAAUAAAUCAAUGGCAUUGUACUGACGUCUACAGGGUGUAUAAAAAAAACGCAACCCCGGAAUUUCCCAAGAAAUCGAUAUUGUUUUAAGGACAAAAGAUUUUAGGUGCCUGGGAAUUUAAAAUAGCACAACUGUCAAAAUUACUGCACACGCAAGUGCAUAAAGCAAAAUUUAUGCAUUUAUUUAAUGACACUUAAUAAGUUUUAAUUUACAAGUACAGUACAACAACAGUUAAAUGGACCAUUCCCCAAUUAACCAAAAUUUUGAACUCAACAAGUCUAGACAAAAAUUUCAUUACAGCUUGAAAGAGCAUCACAAAAUUAGUAAUAUUCCGAAGUUUCGUUGCAAAAUGUUGUGAAAUGCGGAUAAUAUAGCCUUGCGAAGUUUGCAAUUUUCAGUCAUUUUAGAUUACAAACGAGAAACUUCGCAAGGUACCCUGGAUUCCAGAGCCUUCGACAGUAAAUAAUAAAUUGAAAUGUCGCGAAGGCUCUGGUUCAACGGGGCGAUUCUUUGAUUAAGCCGCGCCAAUCACAAAACAGAAUUAGUGGUUUUAGUACAGAUUGAAAUGUCGCGAAGGCUCUGGUUCAACGGGGCGAUUCUUUGAUUAAGUCGCGCCAAUCACAAAACAUAAUUAGUGGUUUUAGUACAGAUUCUGUACUAAAACCACUAAUUCUGUUUUGUGAUUGGCGCGGCUUAAUCAAAGAAUCGCCCCGUUGAACCAGAGCCUUCGCGACAUUUCAAUUUAUUAUUUACUGUCGAAGGCUCUGGAAUCCAGGGUAUUCGCAAGUUGGAUUUCUUAGGAAAUCCUGCAGAGGUUUCCCGGCACGUAAGUUUGGACAAGGCUGCCCCUGGGCCCUGGUCCUACCGGAAUUGGGUGCCCCCAAGGCAGGGGGAUCAUUUUGAAGUACCAUGAAGCUCUGACAAUAUUUAACAUUUUACUAGUCGUUUAGAAGCGAAUUUUAAUGGUUUCGUAAACUGGAAAUGUAAGUAUAUAGCAAAAUACAAAAAACGCAUCUAUAAAUAACACUAUGCAGAAAUUGUUUUUGACAUAAACAGUGAAAUGUUUGCCACUGUACUUAUACCAUAGAAAUAAUAGACCUAUCUAUUAUUUCUAUGACUUAUCCACAUACAACCUUAGAUGAACAAGGGUCCCGGAUAACUCAGUUCAGGGUGCCCCCCCUAGAAACCCGAUUGCCUGGGUGCCCCCGGCUCUUACCGGGUAGAGUUCAUAGGAGUUAGCCACUGGAGGUUGCGUUUUUUUACACACCUUGUGUAUUGUAUACAGACAGAAUUAGCUUCAGAAUUAAAAUGUUUGAAACGGGCCUCAUUUUCUUCAAGAAUCGCGUUUAUUUCACAAUACAUUAAAUAUGAGUUAAAUAAAUCAAAGCUGGGGUAUUUCUCAACAUUACUGCAAGAAAAUGAGGGAGAGACACCAGAGAAAUAAAGCAACUAAGCGCCGAAACGAAGCGUUUCAAUGGGAAUCGAAUUCAAUAUACAUAUUUAUAUUACAAUGAAUAUAUAUAAACACGUGUUUAAAAAAACAGCAAUAACUUAACAAGAACAACUCAAAAACGUUUAAAAAAUAGCUAAAUUUAAUACUGACCUUUCCCUUUGCAUGACACACCGAUUUUAUUUCGAAACGUUUUCAUAAAAGCGAAGUUUUCUUGCAAUAUUAACUCUGUACUCUCUAAAUUUCAAAGCCUCGAGCAGAAAUAUUCAAAUUUGCCGGAAUGUGUACACCACACCAUUGUCUGUUAUUGUCAGAUUUUUACGUGCUCUGAUUGGUUUAGCUUGGAAAAGCUUUGCUAUCAGCCAUACUGCUGAACGCAUGCAUUGGUCUGACUCCCUUGGGAGUUGGAAUGCUUUUAUAAUAAUUGAAUAUACAACGGUAAUCGGGGAACGGAAUGAGGAACGGAACGGGGAACGCGGAAACCUGGAAACUUUUAAAAUCCGGAAUGAGAAAAGCAGGAAUCUGCAAAACCCGGAAUGAAAAAAAGUCGGAAUCUUUAAAACCCGGAAUGCAAAAAGAAAACCAGAAUCUUUAAAUUCCGGAAUGACAAUUACCAUGUCUCUAAGAAAUGGGCCCCAUAUAUGAUUUCUAAACUGAUUAAAGAUGCUCCAUUAUACAUACGCGUAGAGUUUAAGGUUUAGAAUUUCAGGUUUGCCAAGGACAACCUUUUUUAAAUUAGCUGUACUAAGACGCUCAGAAAUGCAAACUAAAUUUUUGCAUUUUUAGUGAGUGUUCACUUUCAAGGCCCGUUUACACGGGCGAUUUUGCUGCGAUUUUAGCUGCUAUUUUCUCCUUUUGGAGGAUGUGAAGGAGUAGAUUACUUGAUGUGUUGUUAUGAGAUUUCAUAACCUGGAACAUUGAUAACUUAAAAUAAACUGAUCUACUUCUUCACAUCCUCCAAAAGGAGAAAAUCCCAACUAAAAUUGAAGUAAAAAUCGCCCGUGUAAACGUGCCUUCAACUUCCACGUUUGCCCCUCAAUGCUCUUAUAAUUUACCUGAAAAUCAUCUCGAGUCACCUCCGAAUUUACCCGAGGUUACAUCCGUCCCCGGUUGCUAAGUCCCUGAGCUCACUUUAAAAUACUCCAGUGAGCCUCAGGUCCAAAUGGAAACGACAGUUCACUCGAAUCGUGUUUUGAUUUGUACAGGAGUACGAAGCUGUAUUUGUGAUGACAAACAUGAUACUAACUCCAGAACAAAAGCAAGGAAAAUGUCCUGAAGACUAUGCCGUUCGUGAAGCGAUGUGCACGAAUGAUUCAGAUUGUGUUGCUAGAAAAGUUCCAAAAAACGGCGGCCAUGGUAGGAUUUAGAAUUACAGGAGAGCGAAAUGGGGCAAUGUAAAGUUGAACCUCUAUUAAGCGGAACACCUUCGGGACCUCGCUCAAAAGGGAUUAAAAGGGGUUGAAGGAGGUUUCCGCUUAAAAGAGAUGUAAGGGGUGAGACCCAACUGAUUCUGGAACAGUAGUGCAUGAUUGAUAUCAAGCAUUUGUUUUGUACUAGUAGCCAAUCAAGCUUUUAUUUACAAACUUGCUUCCGAAUCAUAUUAUGAACCUUUGAAUUUUACAGUUGACGGUUUAAUACUGUUACUGUAUGUAAAAAUUGCAAUUUGUUCGCGUCGGUUGCAAUUUGCUAAAGCAAUCAGCCGAUCAAUAUUGCAAUACUGCGUGACAAUAUUGCAAUGUUGCCCGCAACGGAACACCGCAUUUGACUGUAAGACAAGUGUCCGUUCAGGGUGUUAGCUAGCCCAUAUACUGUUCGUUUGAAGGACUUUUCCCAAUUGAAGUAGCUGAGGGGCUUUCCCAACUGGGCCACUGGAAGAUUUUCAUUUUUUCUGAUGAGAAAGUGCAUUGCGUUUGAUUUUAUAUUAUUAUAUCAAAGAACGUUUUAUUUACUUUUUCCCAUUAACUAUUUCCUCAAAAUGUAUCGCGUUUCAUUCAUAUUGGGUGUGCAUUCACUGAAAUGAAAUGUACAAAACAAAGUGUAAUCGGUGUGCAUCUGUUUUUCAGUGUUCAUUCACCGGAAAUGAAAUGUACAAAACCAAGCUACCGUUGUUUGCAUUUAAAGAGAAACACGUUGGAAAAAAACCAGUAUUUAUUCCUACACAAGGACUUCGAUCGGUCAAAAAACUUUCCCAAUUUACGUUUAACGGACAAAACAUUUUUCUGGCUAACACCCUGCCGUUAAUAGGGGUUCGAAUGUGAAAAGAAACCCAACCCUAAUCCCUAACAUUAACUCUAACACUGGCCCCGAAAUUAAGGUGGCUCCCUACAGUUGUUUAAGCAAGGGACUGUUAGCGAAGUAUAGAGAUUAUUCACAAGCGUUUCUACCAAAAAAUCCCCGUUUCACAUAAAUAGCAAAUAUUUUGCGUCAUUGCGAAGAGCUUAUUUUUCGCUGAUGUUUCUUUCUCUGGGGAUCCAUCUUAAUACGUUCUCAUAUCAGGAGAUGCGGUGUUUGAGCAUUUUGAGGUUUCCCAGCGGGCUAAAUGACGUCUAUUCAACGUUGAAUCAACGUUGGAAAUGAUCACCCAGACGUUGGAUAGACGUUGAAAAAGGAUUGAAAAUGCAAAUUGGAUUGACGUUACUCUUUUGACGUUGAAACAACGUUGAGACUUGAGAUUAGGUUUCUAAUUUCGUUAAGCAUAAUUCAACGUUGAAUAUACAAUUACUUUAUGGUUUCCGUGUUUGGAUGGCCUGAUCCAAACACGCAGGAAUGUUGCGAGAGUUAAGAAAGCGCGCGAAACACGAGCCGAAGGCGAGUGAUAUUGUGCGCUUUUCUUAACUCGAGCAACAUUCCCAACUACUUGGAUCUGGCCAUCCUAACAGGGAAACCAUAAAGUAAUUGUUUUGUAAAAUAACAACAACACGAUAGUCUUCCGUGUUUGGAUGGCCUGAUCCAAACACGGGUUUCGACCAAUCAGAGCACGCGUAUAAUACAUGUUAUUUUAUAAUCCACGUUGAAACAACGUUGAGAAUACUUCACAAGUUGACGUCUUAUAAACAACCAGGAACGAACGUUGAUUCGACGUCUGUUUGCUGCUGCUGAACCAACGUUCGUAAAACAACGUCAGACCAACGUUGAUAUGCUUGUCGACGUCGCGACCUUUUUUCAACCAAAUUUAAACGUUGAAACAACGUCGUGUCCCCGGUGGGUUAACGGACAACUUAUAUCUUUUGUAGGCAUCAUGACAGGAAAAUGCAUUGAGUCAGACCGACCGCAUGCUGUUUCCAAAAUGUGUGAAAUCGAGACUUGGUGUCCAGUGGAAAAUAAUAAGCUGCCCAUGCAAGGAACAAACUUUGGUAAACCUCUGUCAAAGUAAGACACUUUUGACCCUUAUUGAGGUUUGAGUCAAUACAUGCACACACACAUACAUUCAGCUGUGACCACUUUACAUCAAGUAUUAUCCUUAUUUAUAUUACCCAUACCUAGUCCCCUGACUAUUAUAUCGUUACAACAAUUGUGAUAUUACUUUCCUAACUAUGUUUAUCCUAACCCACCCUGUCAAUUUUCCCUGUGUGGGGGGGGGGGGGCGGAGCGCCCGAAGAAAACCCACGACGUUCGGCAGAGCGUUCACUGACUCUUUUCACACGAGUCCGUAGCGAGCCAACAAGUAAAUGAAAAUUUAAAAUACUUAUUUUGAGGUCUACAGAUAAGAAACUACUUUUUUAUUUUUGCAGCAAGACCUGCCUGUUUGAAGAGGCUAUAAACUUUACUAUUUCUCUGAAGAAUACAGUGCGCUUUCCAGAAUUCGGCGUUACAGUGUAAGUUUCGUCGCAACGUUAACUGUAUUAUUAUCGGCGUUACAGUGUAAGUUUCGUCGCAACUGUAUUAUUAUUAUUAUUAUUAUUAUUAUUAUUAUUAUUGUUAUUGUUAUUGUUAUUGUUAUUGUUAUUGUUAUUGUUAUUGUUAUUGUUAUUGUUGUUAUUGUUAUUGUUAUUGUUAUUGUUGUUAUUAUUAUUAUUACUAUUAUUAUUAUUAUUAUUAUUUGCCCGACUUUUUCGGAUUGUGCCCGCGUUGUCAAAAAAAAUUUCCGGAAAAACUUUCCAAAAUUGUUGUCAACGAGGGUGGGAGGAAGAACCAAUACGAAACAUUUCUAUUAGAUAGCAUAUUUCCCACAAAAUUGACAGAAUUUGUCCCAUUUAUUUUUACAAUAAGUCAAUAUUGCCCGACUGUGAAGCUAACGUUGCCCGACUGGCUUUGUUUCCCCAACAAACUGGGGGGGGGCUGCCGCCCCCUCCCCCCCCGGUACGCCCAUGCCCGCAGCUUUUUUGCAACUCUGAUUUACAUGCAGUGACCUCUAUAUGUAAACUGGAACGAUAACUCCUAUGAUAAACCCUAUGAUUCGCUGAAGCCAAAAUAAUUUUUCCGAGUUUUGAGCUGAAAUACUUGAUCCCAAACGUUGGGCGCUAUAUCAAACUGAGGCUAUUGAAAAUUGCUAUUCGUUGUGGAAAUUUCAAGACUUCAGCGAAAAUAAAAAUAUUUUAAUAAUACAAAAACAACUGCCAUUCGGUCAAAAAAGGGCAAAAUAUUGGCAAUUAUUUUUGAAUUUUUUAAAUAUUUUCCCCUUGUAGUUAAAGUCUUGAAAUUUCUACAUCAAAUAGCGUUUUUUAAUAGCUUCAGUUUCAUAUACGUUCACUGUUAAGUAUUUCUGCUCAAAACUCAGAAUAACUGAAAUGCACUGGCUUCAAUCCCCCCCCCCCGAGUUAUCGUUCCAGUUUACAUAGAGUUCAGUGUUUAUAUGACGCUCAAUCCUUUUUUACACAGGCGAAAUAUUCAUGACGACCAUAACGAUCCAGAUUACUUAAAAAAAUGCAGAUACAAUCAUGAAGACCAGCGGUUGUGUCCAAUAAUUAGCCUCAAAACAAUUUUCGAUGAAAUCUCUGGAACAGCUUUUGACGACACGGCGAUCAGGGGUGGUGUGGUGGGCAUAAAGAUUACAUGGGAUUGUAACUUGGAUUACGACAUCAGUGAAUGCCUCCCACGCUAUUCAUUUUUCAGGUAGGAAUAGUUUUAAACAAUUUUGUAACAGCAAGACAAUUAGUAGACCCUUAGAAGGCCAAAAAAUGUUCGGGUUUAAAAAAAAAAUAUUCAAUUAUAAUACCAAGAUGGCGGAAGUUGUAAAGGUCUUCAUAUCAUACCAUGGUCGGAUUUUGAGGUGCGCAUCUCCCCUGAGAUCGUUUUGCACCUCCCCUGAGAAUUUUUGUACCUCCCCUGAAAAGUCAUGCACGUUCCCUUGGGAAAGUUUUAAUGAUAGAUUAAAGUGCCAGCAAAAAAGAUUGCACGGUAUUUAUAGCGUUGUCUUUUGUUUUUACAGGUUAGAUAAUCCGCAAGCAAAGGUUGCACCGGGAUAUAAUAUAAGGUAGGCACAAGAACAGGCUGUGAUACUGUAAUUAGAAAUAGCCUGAGAACAGGCGUAAUAAUACUAAGCCCACCUGAAUAAACGCCUGUUCGCAGGCUAUGUACCAUAUGACCAGCAAACUAGCUAAGGUCCCAGUUACACGAUACCGGAUUUGCAUCGGAGCUAUAGGAGUAUCAGACCCUAUUUUACAUAUAAUAACCUGAAACCAAUCUUAAUCCGAUCGUUUUCCACCCACAGCAAAGUUUUAGCAUUCAAAAAUCCAAAUACCCUGGACGUUAGACGGUCUUUAAUACCCUAGAUUAUAAACUUUCUUUGUGAUCGAAGACAACGAGUUAAAAUUGGAGAAUCUUUUUCAAGCUGGCUUCCAGUGACAGCUGGGCUGCUGGGGGUCCCCCAAGGCACUAAACUUGGUCCAAUAUUGUUCCUCAUUAUGAUUAAUGAUUUGAGAGUAAACUCCCCAGACACGAAAAUGUGGAAAUUUGUAGACGAUGCCUCAUCUUCUGAAAAUCUUACCUCGAACAGUUUCUCUGCCAAAGUAACAAUUGUAUGAAAUUGAACGCCAAACAGUGCAAAAAGCUCCGGGUUUCCUUUCUUAAAAAACCCCCCGCAGCUAUUACCGUUGACAAUGGACCAUUCCCCAAUUAACCAAAAUUUUGACCUUAACAAGUCUAGACAAAAUUCCAUUAUAGCAUGAAAGAGCAUCACAAAAUUAGUAAUAUUCCAAAGUUUCGUUGCGAAAUGUUGUAAAAUGCGGAUAAUAUAGCCAUGAAAAAUUUGCAAUUUUCAGUCAUUUUAGAUUACAAACGGGAAAUGGUUACCACUUUUCCAAAAUUUUGAUCUUAACUAGCCUAAACAACAAUUUCAUCACAGCAUGAAAGAACAUCACAAAAUUAGCAAUAUUCCAAAGUUUUGUGCCAAAAUGUUGUUAAUUAACAAUUAUUCGCCGAAGGCGAGGUGAUUAUCGGUGAAUAAAAACCGAGACGAAGUCGAGGUUUUUAUUCACGAUAAUCACCGAGCCUGAGGUGAAUAAUUGUUUUAGUAUAAUUUCACAGGUGAUUAUUUGGAAAAAAUUAAAAAAUACACAUUUCUUCGUCAUUUAAUUGACAAAACGGCUUCGGCCGCCAUUUUGAAAAUCGCUUAGGUGAUUAUCGCGUAAUAAUCACCUAAACGGCAACCAAUCAUCGCGGAGAAUUUUCAAUAAUCACCUAUGUGAUUAUUAUUAUGUAAUUAUACUAAAUGCGGAUAAUAUAGCCUUGCGAAGUUUGUGAUUAUCCGUCAUUUUAGGUUACGCACAGAAGUGGUAACCAUAUAGAUAUCAUAUAAGAUAUCUAUGGUGGUAACCGUUUCCCGUUUGUAAUCUAAAAUGACUGAAAAUUGCAAACUUCCCAAGGCUAUACUAUCCGCAUUUUACAACAUUUUGAAACGAAACUUUGGAAUAUUACUAAUUUUGUGAUCCUCUUUCAAGCUGUGACGAAAUUUUUGUCUAGACUUGAGUUCAAAAUUUUGGUUAAUUGGGGAAUGGUCCAUUGAUGGUCACGUGCUAGAAACGGUACAAUCGCACAAAGUGUUGGGUUUAAUUAUUCAAAACAAUCUAAAAUGGGACGAGCAAAUUCGAUCAACCGUCACCAAGGCCCCAAACGGUUAUACGGCCUUCGGGUAUUAUGCCGCGGUGGUGUCCCUCCUGCUGGUCGCACCAACAUAUACUUCGCGCUUAUUCGUUCUAUUCUGGAAUACUGUUGUGAGGUGUGGAAUUACGCGAUACCCGGUCCCCGCUAUCUGUCUGACAAACUGGAAAGAUUGCCAAAGCGUGCCGUGCGCAUUAUCUUUCCCGGCCACUCAUACGAAGUUAAGCCGGUGAUUUCUCGGGUGGAACUAAUUAGAAAAGACAAAGAAACAUUCCGCUCCGCGCGCAAAAUUCCGCCUAGCUAGUGGAAAACCGGCUUUAUUCCACUCACUCUUCUAAGACAAGCCUCCUCUAAGACAAGCGCGUUAAGACAAGCGUCCUCUAAAGGCCUAAUUCCACGACGAGAGAAAUGCGAAAAAUUUCGCGCGCAAAGGUUGAACGCAUGCGCAACAUUAUUUUGGAGUGUUUCUCUGCGAAAUAUUUCUCUGCGCCGGGUGGUUGAAUUCGUUUCUACUCCGUUGCGAAAUGGAAAUAGCGAAACCAAUCAAAUGCUUGUGUUUUGGACGACAAAAUAGUGAAACCAAUCCAAUGCUUGUGUUUUGGCGAAUUUUUUCUCUACUGUGGAAAUCACUACGAGAGAAAAUUUUCGCCCAAGUUUGUUUUCGCGCGAAAUUUUCCUAAUUUGCUUGUACGUCGUGGAAUUAGGCCUUAAGACAAGCGUUAAGUCGUCACGAAAAUAUUUCGUGCACUUAAAUUGGAUAAGACUCGCUACCAAUACGGCUGUUGACUCGAUAGCUCAAUAGGUAGAGCGGCGGUCUAGAUACCCGAAGAUGCGAGUUCAAAUCCCGCUCGAGCCAACAAAUUUUUCGUGCCUUUCGUUGCUCGAUUGCAGUGUCAAAUUAAUAUGAAACUAGUUUUUCAUAUUCGUCUAGAGUUCGCAGAAUAACUGUUAAAUAUUAUCAUAAUUUUAAGUGCUAAAUUAAUUUAAUUUAUUAACUUUGCCAGAAGUCUUAACAGCUAUUACAAAGUAAUAAUUUAACGAAUUAACUAAAUAGACUAUAUGGCAAGGUAUUCGCAACAGCGAUUAGCCAAUUACUGCGAACCCAAGGACAAUACGUUAACAUCAAACAGCAAAAAAACUAACAACUAACUUCAUGCAUAUAUUCCCAGGAAAAGUCCCUUUUCCCUAAAAUUAUACAAACAAACCAGCGAAGAUUAACAAAUACAUAAACGGAAAGUAAGUUUUAGGCUUUAUCCUUUGUCCUUGUUUAACAAAAUCGAUUUAAAUUGUUACGUUUUUCUACCAAUAAGUAUUGACAAAUUAUUGUUAAUAAUUUGUUUAUUUUUUGGAUGCUCAGAAUGCAGGAAAUAGCAUUUCCGGGUUUCAAAUUUCAAAAAUUUUCUGGGGAUUAUCCCUCUAAUAAGUAAUGAGAAAUUACAGUUAAUAUUCUUUUUUUCCUUUUGUGCAUUUUUUCCAUCUUUUAUUUCGAAUACAAGUAUAGUUAGCAUAAAUUUUAGAGCAAUUUGAAUGCUCAGAAUGCAGGAAAUGGCAUUUCCGUGCUUCAAAUUUCAAAACUUUUCUGGGGGAGUACACCCUCACACACCUGACCAUUGCUAUCCUCCUCUAAUAAGUAAUGAUAAAUGACGGUUAUUUUUUACUUUUUGUGCGUUUUUUCCAUUAUUUAUUUAAAAUACAAGUAUAGUUAACAUAAAUUUUGGAGGAAAUUUGGAUGCUCAGAAUGCAGGAAAUGACAUUUCCAUUGCUAUCCCCCUCUAAUAUAUUAUCUCACAAAAAGGUCCCUUUGCAAAAAAUGCCCCCCCCCCCGGGAAAAUCCUUAAAAAAGGCCCCGCGUAAUAGGACACUAUUUACUUCACUUCCAGAAUUGCCCAAUAUGAUAUGACGGACACAAGGUUUGCACGCAGAACAUUAAUUAAAGCUUAUGGAAUACGGUUUGUUGUCAUGGUCGAUGCCAAGGUAAAGUGAAUGUUAUUCGAAAGGAAAGUGUAUAGGACGGGGGGGGGGAAGAUUCCGUCUAGCUUGUUUACCAAUUUCUUCAUUUCAUGUAGGCUGGCAAAUUCGACAUCGUGCCUCUGCUACGAAACUUUGGUGCUGGCUUAGGACUCCUGGGAUUGGUAAUGCCCUGUUUAAACGGAUCCAACAUUGUUGGGCCAACAUCGUCCAACAUUGUUGAAAUAAUGGCCCAAACGGCUUCUUUUUCAAAUAUUUUUGUCAAGACUAGGUUUAGAGUUUGAGUAAAGCUUAUCUAAGCAAAAAGAUUUGAAACAGAAUCAGUCAUAUCUAUUAUAGUAACAUUGUUGGAUGAUGUUGGUCCAACAAUGUUGGAUACGUUUAAACGGGCCUUAAGAUUAUGAUCGAAUAAUUUUUUGCAGCCGAACCUCCGUUUAAGCCUGGUUUCCAUAUGGUCGUAAAGAUUGAGUCACGAUCUUUCUCAUCAGCCGAAAUACAACAUUUUGGAACUGAAAAUACGUGGAGUGAUUAUAACUAGAGAAUACUUAUAAUUUAUAUGUGGUUUACACGUAUAAAAUAUUGUAAACUGGCCGUUGAGAAAGACCGUGUAUUUUUACGAACAUUACAACCAUAUUGAAACCAGGAUUUGGCGGAACACCUUCGGAAUUACCUCACCAAUGUGUCCGCUUAAAAGGGGUUUGCACUAUACGGCAGGAGGUAACACCCCAAUUAAAUUAGGAACAAAUUCAAGAAAGAAAAGUUAGUUUUAGGAUAUUAAGAAGCGAUUAGAUAUAUAGAACUACUGUAAUGAUAAUGUCUGGUGAAUUUUCCUCAAAUUGAUUUUUACCAUUGAUUGUUUUGAAAAUAUUUAUAUUCAUCAGUUACGUUUGUUUGCUUAAAGAGAGGUUAUUCGGCUCAUUGGAUUAUAGUCGUAAAAAUAGAAUCAUGAUCUUUCUCAACGGCCAGAUUAUGAUAGUUUAUACGUGUAAAGCAAAUAUAAAUCACAAUUAGUUAUUUCGUUAUAAUCACUCCGCGUAUUUUCAGUUCUGAAAUGUUGUAUUUCGGCUGAUGAGAAAGAUCGUGACUCAAUCUUUACGACCGUUACCGACCAUAUGAAAACCAGGCUUAUCUGUUAAUAGUAAUGCAUGUACUAUUUACAGCACGACAAAACUGUACAAGCGUUUUGAGUAAGAGUGUUUUGAAUGACUUCAAACGCAAGUACAAUAUAUUGAUCUUAACAAUAACGGCAUUGACAUUGUUUUCAAUUGUUCCAAAACAUGGUCGACUAAACUUACCCCAACGGUAGUCAUUAACUUAAGUAUGUCAUUAACUUCUAAGUACUUUUUCGCAGGCAACCGUAUUGUGCGAUAUAUGUAUACUGUACUGUCUUAAGAAGAAGUCUUACUACCGCAGUCAGAAGUAUCUUUAUGCCGACCCAGAGCAAGGAGAAGACCAGGUAAGUGCAUGGAAAUUUAAAAGCAUUAUUUAAACACCCAAGAUGAGCUUGCUCAUCGUGACUGUAUUAACAAGGCGAUCUGCAGUUCCAUUGAAUUGUUUUGCCGUAGUCGGCAAAAUUGUUUAUUCAUUGGUAGAAUUUUGGGGCUACGAACAGGCUAAAGGCCCAGAAACUAAAUCACGUGACUCAAACAUGAUUAAAAACACUAUAAACUUAAACUUUAUUUUGUUAUAAAAAAUAAGUCAAAGUAAAGCAAAAAAGCGCGCGAAAAUAUUUGAAUGAGCCCACGAUGCCACGCAAUGAGUGCUCAUUGGGCGUUUUUAAGCGUUUUUUAACUUACUUGACUACAUUAACUUACUAGGAAAGUCUGGUCUGGUAGAGUGUUACUACAGGAGGGAAUCGGAACUAAACUGACUUUAUUUAUGAAAUACUUCCACAGGGAACAGCAUGUAUUAUGAAAAACAAAUUCAGGUCCACAGCUGGCCUGAACACAACUUAAAGUUUAGUAAUACAUACAUAAAUGUUCAUAGAUUAUUUAAAAUUGCAACCCGAUUAAUUUCAGCCAAUGGAAGAACCAGUAGCGAAUACAACUUAUGUUAUGUUUGAAAACUAAUGUGAAGGGAUUUAUGAAGAAAUACUGGGAAAGUCGAUACCAGCGAGCAAGUAUAAACAUACCCAAGACAUCUAGUUUUCAGAGACGAUUUUCAGAAACACUAUCACGUUCUGAUCUCAUUCAUUUAUAAAUUAAAUGGAUUGAUUUAUAAUUAUACGUUUCACACAAGUUUACUGACUAAAUUAAUAAUUGUUUAUGAAUUAAAAAUUAGUUGUUUGUUUUUAAUAUUAUUAUUGUAUCGUGCAUGUACUGUAUGUUUGCAUAUUAUUGUACGGUUUAAAUAUUGACAAUUGAGAAACAUAAAAUAAUAGUACAAAAUAACGUGAGCAAAAGUGACGCCAUACAGUAUUUACAGUAAUACCGAACUUCAGACAUCAUUUUCUCUUUGGCAUACCAUCUAAAAUCUCUUCAUUUUAGAGCAUUAUUUUACAGAUAAAGCACUAAACAUGCUUUUAACUUUUUUUGCCGAUUGAGAAACGUUAACGAAAAAUAAAAAUUUUGAAUAUAAUCAUAACCGCAGAUGGUAUAUUAUUUUUAUGAGCGCGUAUUACGUAACAUACAAGAAAUUCCCUCUAAAGUCUAAACCAAGUGCUUUUGGAAUGAAGGAAAUGCUCACACGCCUAUAACGGGCCCAAUGUUUGCACUUCAUUGCUCCUCUACCCUUCCCUACCCGGAAUGGCCUGAUUUUCAUUGGAUAACAGCCAUAAGCACGUUGUCAUCGGCAAGAAUUUUUAAACUACUUACUGGACACGUGUUCGUCAUUUUGAAUCUUUCCUCAUUCCUUUCUUUGUGUGGUAGAAAUGAAAGAAGUUCAACAUCUUCAAUCGUUCAAUUUCCAAACCGGCUGACAAUAUCCUAUCGACCAAAUCCCAAUCCUCACCUCCCCAGCCGGGUAUGUCUGAAUCUCUCCACUUUCAUAUCUCCAAACCUACGGAAAUAUUUUCAAUAAUGAUUUAAUACAAUUGCCAUAAAAUUGAUGAAAUUUGUUUAUGAAUUUUGGCAAUAUAUUAUCCUGGAUUCCAGAGCCUUCAGUAAAUAAUAAAUUGAAACGUCGUGAAGGCUCUGGUUCAACGGGAGGAUUCUUUGAUUAAUCCGCACCAAUCACAAAACAGAAUUAGCGGUUUUAGUACAGAUUCUGGCGCGGAUUAAUCAAAGAAUCCUCCCGUUGAACCAGAGCCUUCACGACGUUUUAAUUUAUUAUUUACUGAAGGCUCUGGAAUCCAGGGUAGCAAUAUACAUGUGUUGUGAUAUAAACACCGCACAAAGAGAAAGUUCCCCCUAAAUAUAUCAUCAUAAGUUCUAAAUUAAUGAUUACAUGAUAAUCACACCUCAUCACUAAUUAGACCUAUGGUAGGUUGCUUAAUGCUGUUUGAAGAAUGGUGUCAUUCGUGCUUUAAUUUAAAGAACGACUUAGAAUGACUCCAUUGAAUACAAAAAUACCCAAUUUCAAAUAUAAUGAAACAAGAAUGACUUUAUUUAAAUUUCACAACGUUGUACAACAGUAAAUUGGCACCACACUUCAAAGCAUCACCUCCUCAGAAAGAGAAUGAUGUGGCCUGAGAACUCGCCAGAUCUCAACCCACUACGAGUACGAGUACGAGAUUUGCUCGCGUGCGAGGAAAUCACCGUAGUCGUUCUCGUUUCCGUUUAAAUGUUGCUUUUAUAAUAGUAGACAAACAACGAAAGAAACAGUUCAUAUAAACUAAAUCUCCUGCAGGCCAAAAUCCCCUACAAAAUGUGCAAAUAAGUCAUAACAUUAAAAACAAGCCAAAUACUUAAUACUAAUAGAUUAUUUGCGCCGGAUAAACGCUACAAAUUAUUUUUGAAAAACAAAAAAGCCAGCUUUCUUUGUUUUUUUUUUUGAAAAGUCGUAGUCAGGACUACGAGAUUUCUCCACAAUUUCGUACACAGAUGGGCGACGGCUACGACUUCUUCGCGUCAGUACGGGAUGGCGUAAGCAUACAGCAUGCGUUUCGCUUGACAAAUCUCGUACUCGUACUUGUAGUCGCCACAGAGUAGAGACAUACAGAGACGUAACUAGUGUACCCACUUUCUUGUGCGCAUGCUCGGCAAGUUACUAGAUGCAUGCAUCUGAUUUGAUGACGACCUGAUGACGACUCACUUUAAACUUGUUGAGCACGCGCAGUUGAUCAUUUUUCGCCCGGUCGCCUGAAAAAAAGUGGGUACAUGAUAACGUAAUCUUCCGCAGUGUUUACAACGGUCAGUUACGUCUCUGUAUGUCUUAUCUACUCUGUGUAGUCGCUGCUAAAACUCCUUAAUAUCUCAACGGCGGGUGAGCAGAAAAUGCCUGAAGGACUGGAGGUAAUUGAGAAGCAUGGUGGUUACACCCAUUAUUACAUACAUGACAAAAUUACUGCAAUCUGAUUGGUUAAGAAUGGUUUUGACAUUGAGUUAUAUGAACACGUACGGCUCUUAGCCAAUCAACGUUCGGAAUUUACAAAUCCUAUAUUAUAAUAUUUAUUAUAUUAUAUUUUGUAAGUUCUUCAUAUAAUCUCUAUAUAUAAAAACAAAUUUGUAACUAGUUAGUAUUCAGGGCUGACAUUGAUACCAGUUCUUCUGAACUGAUGAAAUAAAGUUGAUUUGAUUUGAUUUGACUGGAUAAAGUUUUGAUCACAUCCUUGGAAUGAUUGAUGUGUGAUCAAGUUCUAAGGCUGUAUGAAAUUGGAUCAAGUCCUAGGACUGGAUGAAGUUUGAUCAAGUUCUAAGACUGUAUGAAAUUUGAUCAAGUCCUAGGACUGGAUGAAGUUUUGAUCAAGUUCUAAGACUGGAUGAAAUUUGAUCAAGUCCUAGGACUGGAUGAAGUUUUGAUCAAGUUGUAGGACUAGAUGAAGUUUUGAUCAAGUCCUAGCACUGGAUAAAGUUUUGAUCAAGUCCUAGGACUAGAUAAAUGCCUGUGAUGAAAAGCUCACUCACACUCAUCUGAGCUUUCCUUGAGUGUCAGUGCUGUUUUUGAAUAGCUGGAGGGUUAGUCUCGUACCUUACUAUGUGACUACUCACCCUCCAGCUAUUCAAAAACAGCAUUGACACUCAAGAGAAGCUCACAUUGAACCUCCACUCAUCGAGUGUGAGUGAGCUUUUAGAAUACGGGCGUCAAUCUGAGCUUCCCUUGAGUGUCAAUGCUGUUUUUGAAUAGCUAGAUGGUUAGUCUCGUACCUUACUAUGUAACUACUCGCCCUCCAGCAAAAACAGCAUUGACACUCAAAGGAAGCUAAGAUUGAACCUCCACUCAUUGAACCUCCACUCAUUGAGUGUGAUUGAGCUUGCUUAGCUUCAAGCGGAAGGUUAUUCCAAAGAUAAGCACCGCUAUAUUUAAAGCUUCUUUUAAGAAAUUCUCUGUUUGGCUUUGGAAGGGUCAGAUCAGUCUGAGAAUUUCUAAGAUUAUAAUUGUUUAGUAAAAUAUUUCUACUUAUGAAUGAGUCUUUCAGAGUUGGUGCAGCACUAUUACUCAAGACUUUAUAUAAAAAUUUCGCCUUGGUUAAGUACCAUCUUGUUUCCAAAUUUUCCCAGUCAACAGUUCGAAGAACGUCAGCAGAUCUGAUCUCAUAACUGGCGCCAGCUAUUAUUCUGGCAGCUCGAUUUUGGAACUUUUGUAAAUUAUCUCUUAGUGUUUUGUUACAACCCCCCCAAAGGGGAGAGCAGUAAUCGAAAUAAGGCUGUAUCAGAGCAUAAAUAGAUAUCAAUGUGUUUGCAGGAACAUAGGGCUUGAUACGCUUUAAAAUUCCUAUGCCUGUUCCGACUUUUUUGCAAACCAUUUCAAUAUGUUCGUCCCAAUUCAAUGUUUCAUCAAAUUUAACUCCCAAACACGAGAUUGAGUGCACUCUGGGAAUCAGUUGAUCAUUAAUCAUUACGGGAAACUCAUUGUCAAUUUUAGCAAGAUAAUGAUUUGAUCCGACAUACAUUAAUUUGGUUUUUGUUGAAUGAUGCUGCAGUUUGUUUUUAACCCGCCAUUGACUAACAUUGUUUGAAUCAUGAUUUAAAUUAGCAUUAAGUUCUACACAGUCUUUCGCAGAUGAAAAUAUCUGUGAAUCAUCAGCAUAUAAGCAUGGGGUUGACUUCUCAAGACAAUCAGGUAAAUCAUUAAUAUGCAAUAAGAACAAUAAGGGACCCAAUAUAGAUCCUUGAGGGACUCCACAAACAAUCCUUUUUGGUGCUGACAUUGUGCCAUUUGUUAAUGGCACAAUGAAAAAUACAUUCCGCGUUUCAUCCUCAUUUACGGAAUCCGCUUCCAGAAUCCGCGUUUUAUCCUCAUUUGCGGAAUCCGCGUUUUAUCCUCAAAUGCGGAAUCCGCUUCCGGAAUCCGCAUUCCGGUUCCGCGUUUUAUCCCAACCCUUCUUUAACUGUGUUUAUCUUAACCCACCCUGUCAACUUUCCCUGUGGGAGGCCCAGGAGGGAACAGAAGCAUCCGGAGAAAACCCUCUGGAGAAAACCGAUGACUUUCGGCAAAUCGUUGACUGACUCUUCACAUAAGUGGGCACAGCUUGCUGUGACAUUUUACUUGAGACUGACAAUUUGAGACUUCCGAGACCUUAUAUUACCAUAGCAACUUUGCAAAUUUGCAAAUCUUGAUAUUAGACAUGUAAAGAAGUGUACAAUGUGUCAUAUAUUUUAGCACGUAUUCCUUCAUCUGAUAUCCUAUACAACAGUAGCAUUUCUACGCUGACCAACACGAAUUGCGAGUCAUCAUGGUGAACUUUUAUCAAAUAGGUAACUCAGUCGCUUCGGCACUUUUUGAAUACAACACAAGCAAAAUUGUUCACAUCAGAAAUAAGAGAGUUGGCAUCGUCAAUCGAUUGAUACAACUGCUGAUUAUAGGUUAUGUUAUCGGGUACGUCUUAGGUAGUCAAUAUUUAUAGUCUAACUAAAAAUGAUUUUGAAUAGGAAUUAUUUAGUCGAAUAUCGUUGCUCUACAUAGCUGCAGGAGGGGGAUAUAUAACAUGUGCGGGAUAGCUCAUACUCUCGCAACCUUUUGACACCUCAGAAUUAAUAAAGACGUUACCGAGUAACUCCAGGCCUUCGCUCGAAACGUAGGAAUUCUCCUUAUAUUUUUCAGGUAGUUGCAUAUCCCUACCAACGGAAGCUUGUUUAUAUUAUUUGCACUACUUACACUGAGACAGUUAUAGGUUUUAGAAUACCCGUCCAUUUCCGAUACUAACGAACUUAAAGCAAAGCUUAAUCUAGUACGGGGACGUUGUCAAGAAGCCGCCUUAAAUUUUACACUUUUAUAAUUAUAAAGAACCACCGUUAUUAAGAACUUCAACAAAGCAGAACGCAAGCGCAACGAGAACGGCCAGCAACAUCAUAUUAAUGCAAGAAAACGAGCGGAAAUUAAUAAUUGAAAUUUCACGGACGUUUUAGGACGUCGCCGUAGCUCUGUUUUACAACGGCAAAAUACAGAAUAUCACGUCUUGUAUGCAACGCUAAUAGGGAGCUUAAGCAUGUAGGACGGCAACACGACGACGACGGCAACCAAUACAAUGAGUCAAUGAAAAGUGAAUAAAUAAUUAAAGUCCCAGGAGAGUUUCAGACGUGGUCGUCGCUCUGUUUACAACGGCAAAUCACAGAUUUUCACGUCUUUUAUACAACGCAUGCAUUUCAAGCCGUAACAAGUGCAACUUAAAAUUCGGUCAGUAGAACUCUUCCCAAACAUAAAGCCAAUGUUUUCAACUUCUUAUACUGUAUUAAAUUCAUACGAAUUAUAAUAUACGACAAGUUUUCUUUACUAUCAUUUAUUUGAAGGAAUUUGUUUUGGCUGUCGUCAUCGUGUUGCCGUCCUACAUGCUUAAGCUCCCUAAUAUUUCAAGCUGGGACAACUGCUAUUUUAAAUUGGGUCCUGAACUUUUCUCAAUCAUAAACCCUGUGUUAAUUUUUAUCGUUAAACUGUAUUAUUUUCAUACGAUGGAUAAUAGACGACAAACAUUCUUCCGCAAUCAUUUGUUUCAGCGAGUUUGUUUGCCGUUCCCGUCCUACAUGCUUAAGGUCGCUACUGUUUAUUUUAGACGUCCGCUGUUUGUAGAAGUUUUAUGUACUAUUUAAAAAACGAGCAGGAGCGUUUUAUUAGGUUUAAAGCCACGAGCGCGCAGCGCGAGUGGCUUUAGACCUAAUAAAACACGACCUGCGAGUUUUUUAAAUGGCUUCAAAAACGUUUGCAUAAUAAGUCAAAUCUUUAUAUAAAAAUCUUUAUAUAAAAAUCUUUAUAUAGUUUGCAUACGACGAAAAUACAUAAAUGACUGUUACGUGCACAUAUAGGCGUACCGUGCGGGGGGGGGGGGGGGGGACCCCCCAGUUUUUUAGGCAGUCGGGCAAUAUUCGAUUAACAGUCGGGCAAUUUUGGUUUGUUAUAAAAAUAAAUGGGAGAAAUUAUGUCAAAUUUUUCGAAAAUUCAGUCAAUUUUGUGGGCAAUGUAGUGUUUUUUGGAAAAUUUGUGUGAUGUUCCGAAAAAUUUUGGUAUGUCCGGAAAAUUUUUUUGACCCCUAAAAUGAUACACUGACCGAAAUUUUUUGGUACUAGUUGGGAACAAUCCCGAAAAGUCGGGCAAUUUUCUUUCCACCCCCCUAAUUUUUUCCUUCCGGUACGCCCAUGUACGUGCAUUUUUCAUAUAAACAUAAACAGAUCUAAGUCAUGAAGUUACAAAGUAUUUAGUUUAAUUAAUGUGUCAAAAAUAAUUUACACACACUGAACUGUACAAGGUCUUCUUAUAUUAAAUCACAUCCUAAUAUGCGAAACUUUUUCAACGUCAUAUUUUUUCACUGCGUACCACCGUAUCAUUGAGAAAUAAUACUCUUAUUUAAAAUAUUGAAACUCGAAUGAUUGCGUCAUUUUUAUAUGCUAAUAAAGCAAUUAUAUACUAAUCAGCAUACCCGUUCAACUUGGAUGGUUAUGCCUUUGAAUAUUAUCAACAUAACCACCUUACAUUCAACUUGGACAGUUAUACCUUUGAAUAUUAUCGGCAUAACCAUUCAAGUUGGAUGGGAAAACCUUUGAGUAUUAUCAGUAUAACCAUUCAACUUGGAUGGUUAUGCCUUUGAAUAUUAUCAGCAUAACUAUUCAACACAGAUGGUUAUGCCUUUGAAUAUUAUCAGCAUAACCAUUCAAGGUGGAUGGCCAUGGUUAUGCCAUUGAAUAUUAUCCGUAUAACCAUUCGCAUAACCAUUCAAGUCGGAUGGUUAUGCUUUUGAAUAUUAUCACCAUAACCAUUCAACUUGGAUGGGAAAACCUUUGAAUAUUAUCAGCAUAACCAUUGAACUUGGAUGGUUAUGCCUCUGAAUAUUAUCAGUAUAACCAUUCGCAUAACCAUUCAAGUCGGAUGGUUAUGCCUAUGAAUAUUAUCACCAUAACCAUCCAACUUGGAUGGUUAUGCCUUUGAAUAUUAUCUGUUAUCCCCAUCCCACCCCUCCCAGAAUAUCUAUUACAGUCUACCCAUUAAAACGAGUACAUUCAAUGCGUUAGAUUUUGAUGUAAUUUUCCAAGGUACGCCAUAAUUUACAAGAAAGGUUAUCAAAAGUCUGACGUGGGUCUCAGUUCAGUCACGACAAAAGUCAAGGGGGUUGUACAAACCAAUCUGUCCAUAAAUUAUCCAAUCAGAGUCGAGAAUAAAACCACUUGGGGGGUUUUUAAUCAAGGACCUCGAACCUGGGACUCUGCUGAUUACGUCACACCGGCUGAGGUAGGUAGUGAAUGGAGUGUGUGUGUAGAGGACAUAUUACCAAAUUACUCGUUCAAUAAAUAGAAAAAUUUCUUUCGAAAAUAAAUCAAUGGCAUUGUACUGACGUCUACAGGGUGUAUGAAAAACAGCAACCUCGGAAUUUCCCAAGAAAUCGACAUCGUUUUAAGGACAAAAGAUUUUAGGUGCCUAGGAAUUUAAAAUAGCACAACUGUCAAAAUUACUGCACACGGGAGUGCAUAAAGCAAAAUUUAUGCAUUUAUUUAAUGACACUUAAUAAGUUUUUAUUUUGCAAGUACAGUAAAACAACAGUUAAAUUAUCAAGGGCAAUUCGAUUUCAAUUCCUAGGGGCCUAGAAUCUUUUAUGCUUAAGAAUUGCAAAGUGGAUUUCUCAGGAAAUUUCGAGGUUGCGAUUUUUUAUACACACUGUGUAUUGUACAGACAGAAUUAGCUUCAGGAUUAAGAUGUUUGAAACGGGCCUCAUUUUCUUCAAGAAUUGUGUUUAUUUCACAAUACAUUAAAUAUGAGUUAAAUAAAUCAAAGCUGGGGUAUUUCCGAUAACAUUACUGCAAGAAAAUGAGGGCGAAACACCAUGGAAAUAAAAUGACUAAGCGCCGAAACGAAGCGCUUGAAUGGGAAUCGAAUUCAAUACAUAUUAUGGAAAUUUUACACUUUACCGUACCGGAGUAAUCACUGAAUACCCAUCUAUGCUGAAUACCCAUCUAUGCUGAAUACAAACGACAUCAAAACACUCCAAUAAAAGAACGGAAAAACCGUCAGAACACACGCUACCAAACACUUGUGCUACGGUAAAGUACCCCAUAUUAUUACAAUGAAUAUAUAUAAACACGUGUUUAAAGAAACAGCAAUAACUUAACAAGAACAACUCAAAAACGUUUAAAAAAUAGCUAAAUUUAAUACUGACCUUUCCCUUUGCAUGACACACCGAUUUUAUUUGGAAAAGUUUUCAUAAAAGCGAAGUUUUCUUGCAGUAUUAACUCUGUACUCUCUAAAUUUCAAAGCCUCGAGCAGAAAUAUUCAAAUUUGCCACGAAUGCGUAACCACGCCAUUGUUUGCUAUUGUCAGAUUUUUACGAGCUCUGAUUGGUUUAGCUUGCAAAAGCUUUGCUAUCAUUGGCUACUGCUAAACGCAUGCAUUGGUCUGAACUCCCUUGGGACUUGGAAUGCUUUUAUAAUAAUUGAAUAUAUACACGGUAAUCGGGGAACGGAAUGAGGAACGGAACGGGGAAUGCGGAAACCUGGAAAAACUUUUAAAAUCCGGAAUGUACAGUACAUUAGACUAGUGGUUAUUAUAUGCUAUCGGCGCAUAUACGUAUACGCCCAGCGUAACUAUUUUUUAAAUUACGUUUUAAGUUACUUGAAAGCAGUGUUUGAAAUUCUGUGAGUUUUUUUCUUGAGUGCAUUAAAGUCAGUGGCGAGGAUGAGAAAAUUUGAGCAUAUUCGUGGUCAAAAACCAGCAUAUUCUAAGGGAGUUUUGCCUACUUUGAAAUACUCCGGUGAGCCUUAGGCCCGAAUGGAAACUACAGUUCACUCGAGUCGUGUUUUGAUUUGUACAGGAGUACGAUGCCGUAUUUGUGAUGACAAACAUGAUACUAACUCCACAACAAAAGCAAGGAAAAUGUCCUGAAUAUGACGUUCGUAAAGCAAGGUGCAAGAAUGAUUCAGAUUGUAUUGCUGGAAAAGUUCCAAAAAACGGCCAUGGUAGGCUUUUUAAUAGAUUUUUCACUGUAGAAUUACAGGAGAGAGAAAUGGAGCAAUAUAAAUUCGAACCUCUAUUAAGCGGAACACCUUCAGGACCUCGCCAAUGUGCCCGCUUAAAAGGGGUGUCGGCUCAACAGAGGGUUUGGAAUAGCGGACACAGCAGGGGGUAAGACCCAACUGAUUUAGGAACAGCAAUGAACAAAGGUACACGUGUCAGCGGAGGGCCCGGCAAUGGAGGGGAACUUCCAUGCGAGUUCAAGUUUCAAGGAGAAAGUUUCUCUUGCAAUUGCCCCAAAGACAAAUUAAAGAAAAGUUCGUUUCAGGAGAUUAGUUCAAGUUAUUAGCGUUUGUACUACAUCGAAAAACUACAAAACAUUAAUGGAAAAUAUGUGUCCAGUGAUUUUUUUUUUAAAUUGAUUUUUACCAUCGAUUGUUAUGAAAUAUGAAUUUGGCAUAUUUACACUCAUCAGUUGCGUUUGUCCGCCUUAGGAGAGGUUAUUCGGCUCAUUGGGACCUCAAGUUGAUUGUCCGCUUCCGCUUAAUAGAGGUGUCAGCUGAAUAGGGGUAAUGAUAAUAUAUUUUAUUAAAGAAAUCAUUGGAACCGGAGGUAGGUGUGCGCUUGACAGGGGCGAAGGUCCACACAGACCGAACGCGAUUCGACAACGCGACGAGAAUUUUCAGUUUUUAAAAACGGCAAAUAAAACCGUCAACGGAUAAAAAUUUUACACGAUAUGCAGACCAAAUAGCUAAAAUUGCUUAAGUGGUUCCGAAUAUUUGAAAAACAUAGAAAAAUAGUAAAGUUGAAGUUCAUUGAAAAUUGAAAAUUCGCGUCGCGUUGCCGAAUCGCGUCCGGUCUGUAUGGGCCUUGACUAUUAAUAGGGGUUUGACUGUGAGAAGCCAAAUCCUAUAAUCCCUGACAUUAACUCUAACACUAACCCCAAAAUGAAUACGUUCUCACAUCAGGAAAUACAGUAAUUGAUAAGGGGUUAAGGACGGGUUGUAACUGCGUGUGUGUGUAUGCAUAAUUAAUAAGUAGAUUAUUCUGUUAUAUAAACAGACUUGCAAAGUGUGAUAAAUUUACAGUCUUGCGUAAGAAUCUGUAAAGUGAACAUUAAGCGUUAGUAAAGAGAACACUAAAAAUAAUCUAAAGACAUCAUUAUAUCUCACGGAUACUUCCCAUAAAGAGUUUAACAAGGGAAAGACCGUCGAGAUACCGUUGAAUCGGUUAUUGUAAAGUAAUAAAAUUAAAGAGAUUUAAUCAGUCUUGUGUGUUAAACUCUUUAUGGGAAGUAUCCGUGAGAUAUAAUGAUGUCUUUAGAUUAUUUUUAGUGUUCUCUUUACUAACGCUUAAUGUUCACUUUACAGAUUCUUACGCAAGACUAUAAAUUUAUCACACUUUGCAAGUCUGUUUAUAUAACAGAAUAAAUUAAAUCUACUUAUUAAUUAUGCAUACACACACACGCAGUUACACGGGUCAUUAUAAUUUAUGGCAAGGGGUUGGCACCAAAGAGAAAUGUUUUCCUUGGUAACAUUUUGCUGAUCCAACCAUAAAAAAGUCAAAAAUAUUUAUCCAACCUCAAUUACUGUAUCAAUUAAAAAAUAAAUACUCACUCCUGGACAAAAACUUUACAAAAGCCUUUAUACCAUUCAGUUGUCACAUAUGUCCAUUACAACUUAGUACAUCAACUGCUUGUGUAUGCCGUUUUCUGCGGUGUAAAGUGCGCGGUUGUUGUCUGCACAUGUACCGCUUUCUUUGGAGACACUAUUUUCCUCCUGGCAAAUCGGAAAAUGGUCAAGACAGUGACUCUCAUUGAUGUACAUAUUGUAUUGACAUCUGAUUGUUGCAUUGCUUUUUAGUUUUCAUGAUCAAUAUUUGAGUGAGUCAUGCUUUAGAAAUGACAAUAAACUUUUAUUACUCAACCCUUGAAUUGUUUUGUUUUUCAUUUACCCAACCUUUUACUCAUUCACUGAAUAUUUUUACCCAACCCUUUUCUCUUCGGUGCCCCCAUAAAUAAUGCCAUCCCCUCGCGCCAUAAAUAAUGCCCCCCCCCCGCGCCAUAAAUAAUGACCGCUCACUUAAUUAUAUCUCUGCUAGGCAUCAUGACAGGAAAAUGCGUUGAGUCAGACCGACCGCAUGCUGUUUCCAAAAUGUGUGAAGUCCAGACUUGGUGUCCCGUGGAAAAUAGUAAACUGCCCAUGAAGGGAACUAACUUUGGUAAACCUCUGUCAAAGUAAGACACUUUUAUAUAAUAAUGGCCACACCGCACCCAAUCUUAAAGAAGCAUUUCAUUUUAAUAAUGAAAGACAAUACUUACAAUAUAUCUUAGAAAUAUGGAUACUGAUUUAGCACCACCUAUGCCGAAAAAAGAAUUCGGCAAGAGGUGCUCCAGUUAUGAUGGUGCCUUGCAUUGGAAUAAUCUUCCCCAUGAGGCAAAAAUUGCUGAAUCCCUAAGCUCUUUCAAGUCGAUAUUGAAACAAAGAAUGAGUUGAAAUUUGCUUGUGUGUAAUCGUGCAGCUAAAAUCACUUGUAUUUUUUUUACUUUGUUAUAUUUUGUAUUUCCUGUAUAUUGUUAACUUCUUGUAAAUAGGUAAUUUCAUGCCCCUCUUGGAAACCAGCCUUCCAACGGCUGUUGAGGCUAGCGUGGUUUAAAUAAAGUUUUGUAUGUAUGUAUGUAUAAGCACGCAAUUUGAUUGGUCAAUACCCGUGCACGCAAUCCUGCGCGGGAAAUCUAAAUGCUUCCAGGGGCGGAUCCAGACCGAUGCCAACGAUGCGAAUGCAUCGGUCAAAAUUGAGAAAUCAUGUUGCUUGAAAUAAUAUAUAGACAUAUUAUACUUGGUUAAGCACUCAGUAAUAGAAUAUCUUUGAAUCUCUCGAGCUAUCAAACCGCAAAUAUUUGCUUAAACUUGACUCCAUGUCAGGAAUACACUAUUUAGGAUGAAAUCCAAUUUAAAUAGUCUCAAUAACAGUCGAAAUUGUCAAAAUAAGUCCAAUAUGCGACGUGCGACCGCAAAUGUGUACUUUUUGUUAUUUACUUUUUAUUUUGCGACACUUAAGCGUCAAUAAUUUCGCGACAAAAUAUGUUAUUUUUUACCGCAUCCUUUGACGUCACAGUAGAAAGCUGAUGCAUCACCUACGUCACGGUAGAUUUGGUUUGCAUCGAUUUUCAGCCAUUUUGCAUCAGUGAAUGCAUCGGUCCCGAGUCCUUUUCCGCGUGAAAUCUACUGUGACAUCAUCAAAUCUAUUGUUUUAGAGCCCUACGUCACGGUAGAUUUGUCCGCUGAGCGAUGCAUCGCAUGCAGAUUGCGGGCGCUCGCAUCAGUUCACUGAUGCAAAUUGCAAAAUCAAAAUCUACUGUGACGUAACGAGGCAUUCGAUUCAAGUCAUGGCAUGGCGGCAAGGAUAUGCAAACACUAUAUGUAAAUGGUUAUGAGACAAAUAAUGGGAAGAAAUAUCUCUCGAAAUUGACGGAGAAAACGGAGAACAAAUUACCGAAUUAAUUACCAAGGCUUGGAAUGAAUCUAAUCUUUCAUCUGAGUACAAGAAUUGAAGUAUAUUUAUACUGUGAGAUGCCCACUAUGUGAAACUCGAGCUGAGGGCUCUAAAGUAAGUGAAAUUUAUCUAUAUUUUACAUUGUAGUUCAUUGUUCAGUUCAAGAAGUGUAUAAAGUGGAAAAUGGGCUCCACAGUUAAUGCAGAUUUGUUUGUAUUAACAUAAUAAUUAAAGUUUGUGUCUAUUUAUAAAUACUAUUGCUUAUACCAGCAGGGGGGGGGGAUGAGGUAGUUUGACAUUUUACAGUCUUUACCGAGUAAGAGAGGUUUGCUUGUCUGGAGGCAAACCAGCCCCAAUACCAAACUUGACAGCUUGCUUUAGUGAGGCAAAUUUCAUCUCUGUUUACAUGGGAUUAUAACCUGUGCCCAGACCUUCACUUUUCUCACAGCUGGCGGGCAAAGAAAAAUGAAGACCUGAUACACAUGUUAUUAAACGUUUGUGUCCUACAACAGCCUUUAUGGUUGUAACUCUGAUUAGCUAUUUCUAGCAUGAGUAUUCAUGCCAUAUUUAAUGUAUUUUUUUUGAUAUUUUGGUUAAUUAAUGCUAUAUAUAAUUAAAUAAUUAUAGAUUUAGUGAUUGUAACUAUAAUUAGCUUGUUGUUAAAUUAUGUGAAAUCGACAUUUCUCCUGGCACAUUUUGAUUGGAUACCGGUACUAAAAAUAAAACUAUGGUGUGGGUCAAGACUUGCAUCAGGCUCUGUAUGUAAUUACAGUGCAUAAUAAUAUUGCUGGUUAAUAUCAAUGAGAUUUCUAAUAGUGAUGCAAUAUUGGUUAGAAGACUAAGGGGAGUUUACAUUGAAAGGUAAUUGGUUCAAGUUGCAAGUUCCAGUGGUAUCUCCUAUUACAUUUCAUUUUAUAUGGAAAUGAGCUGGCAUGCCUCAUGACAAGAGUCUAAAUUUGCUUUGCAUUGCCUGAGUUAUUGGGCAAUUACUGUACACUGGAUAUUUUGCAAACAAAGAUGAUUACCUGGGCUUGCUCGCCUACCAUAGUUGAGUAUAUAUGCUUUGUCUGUGCAAAUAUAAUUUGAUAUAAGCUGUAUAUGUCAUUCUCCUGACAGAUUUUAAUCUUAGAAUGAUAAAAUAAUGGAUGGUAUAAAUACUGUAUGUAACUGUAACUGGUGUAUAUAGGAUAUAAUUAUGAAAUUUGCUCACAAAAGUGGGAUAGUUUGGAAAAUAUAUUUAAUUAAAUUAUAUAUUUGUAGUGCUAAUUGUCCCAAUACUAUAUACCCUGAGGAUUACCAUUGACAAGUGUAUGGAUAUAUUUGACAAAGAUGUUCAUUUAUGUAAUAACACAGGGAAAAUAUUCAUCAAUACUACUGUGCAGCCUUUCUACAUUGACAACAUCUUAAAAGAAUACUAUAUUAAUAUUAGUUGAAAGGCAGGCAAAAGGGAACAGAUAGAAGACAUGAUUCAAUUAUGUCAUGGUAUAUUGUUUAUCAUGAUUGUACAGUUUGGUAGGUUCAUUUGACAAACAAUUUCCAACUAAGAUAGUUCAUUAAAUCAAUGUACACACAGUCUCUAUUGAUUUAAAAUUUGUGGUCGUGUGUACCUAGUUAUACUAAUAGUUUUUAAACCCAGUGCUUGUUGUGUGUUAGUUUACUGGUUUCCUGAUCACAGGGCAAUAUUCUCAGUAUUCAGAGUGUGGGCUAUUCACCAUGCAGUUCAUGUCAAAGGCAGCUAGGGGUGAAUGAAUUUAAUGAAAUCGACCAACUGAUGUCAACCACACUGUCCAUACAGAGUAAGAUUAGCAGCAUAAGACAGAGUUGUAUAUAAAUAAGUUUACCCACUAGAGCACAAAAUACCUUUAUGCACCAUUCUAAUGCUAGAAGAUUUUACUCAUGGAACAUUGGAAAUUAGUGGAAACUAAUAAUGGAAGGUGGUUAAAAAACAACACAAUAACACUGCCUUCUGAGUCUAGCAAUCGGCAACUAGUGGAUCACACUGUAUACACCUUUAUUACACGCAUGUGUGUAUUUGCGUUGCUCGUGAUUUUUUCCCGAAAUAUUUUUCAAUAGAAAAGUUAAGGCUACAAGAAGCACAGUAGUGACUAUUUUUGAAUAGAGACUUAUGUACCACUGCUGCUAUUACACUUGUACAAGCAAAUAUUGUUUUCUUAUAUAGAGAAAUUAUGUUGUUUUUACGAUAUAGGUUCAAGUUUUUUACGUGCUUUCCAAAAAUGCAGCAAAUAAUUUUGUGACUCUGAUGUAUGAAUUGGAACAAAAGAGUUCGCUCAGAACGCAGCAAAUCGCAUUUCCGAGGUCCUAGAUUUCAAAAUUUCCCGGGGGGGGAUACCCCCGGACCCCCCUACAAAUGCGAGGUCCCAGGCAUCAGUCACCUCAGAAACUGGAUCCGCCCCUGAAUGCUUCGCGCGAGCUUUCUAAAAUGUCGGACAACGAAAACAUUUUAACCGUGUGACGUUAACAGUGUAUUAAACGAGAGACAAGUUAGCAAAAACGUUAAUAAAGGUUGACGCUUUAUUGAAGUCAACCGUUGAUAAAACAAUUACCAAAUGGUUUUCCGUGCAGGAGAUAGCGUCAUCCACGCACUUAGGAUUUUGCUUGACUUUCGGAAAGCGUAAAAAACGCUCACCUGCGCCUCGUGCAUGCAUGGCUCACGCUAUCCUGCAUGGGAAACCUGACGCACAAACUGGAAACAAAAAUGUCCUGCAGACCAACGGAGUAUUUUUGUGCUAAAUCUGCAUGCGCAUAAAGAUAUAGUGUUCUAGCUGACCAUGGCUCUAAAUUCAAGGAAUGUCUGCCAACCAUACGUUGUUGCGCCCAUAGUGGGACAUGGGUGUUAAGGUUUCCUUCAAAUCUUCAAUAGAAAAUCUUCAUUCAAACGAAUUUCCUGCAGCUGUUUAACAUUUCCUGCGAGCAGUGCUCGCGUGCUCAACAUUGUUGCCCAAUAUUGUUCAACAUUGUUGACAACUGUGAACAAUGUGGGCAGCAAAACAUUGUUCAAUCCUGUUUUCAUCAAUAUUGCAACAACCUGAUCGUUUUUAGGUGUGUACUCAGCCUGGGCUAUUUUAUCUUUACAACAAUAUUACUUUCUUAACUAUGUUUAUCCUAACCCAUCCUGUCAACUUUCCCUGUGGGAGGAAACCUGAGCGCCCAGAUAAACCCACGACUUGGCAGAGCGUUGACCGACUCUUUUCACAUGAUUCCGUAGCGAGCCAAUGCGUAUAAAUGAAUAUUUAUUUUGAUAUAUAUAUACAGGAUCAGGAACUACUUUUUUCUUGGGUUUUUUGUAGCAAGACGUGCCUAUUUGAAGAGGCUAUAAACUUUACUAUUCUUCUCAAGAAUACAGUGCGCUUUCCAGAAUUCGAGGAAGAAGUGUAAGUUUCGUCGUAACUGAAUGCACCCUUUCGAUAAUUACGUCACAACUGCACUGUUUUCAACUUAGGACCACCUUAAAUGGAAAGGAUUUCAAGUUUUUUUCUCAUGGGAUAUGCACAGAGAAGCAGAACAUCCUGCUUCAACAUAUGCGCGAAAACGAAUUCUUUAUUUUGACCAAUAAAUGUGGAAAUAAGCUUUAACACGAAAACGAGGCUCCAGGUCAUUAUCAGGCCAUAACAGACUGGAACAAUCUACUAGUAUUUCUACAUUUAAGAAAAACUUUUUUAGCAAUCUUUGAACUUUCCCUCGUAUAAUUUUUUAAUAUUUUUCAUAGUUAUGUAGUAUAUGCAUGUCUUCAAAAAAACUUUUGGAUUUUGAUCAAUAAAUAUGGAAAUAAGCAUUAACACGAAAACGAGGCUCCCGGUCAGCGAGUCUUUGCUUUCCCCAAUUCCUUGACACUUUAGGUGGCCUUAAAUUGUCCUUAUAUCGCGUAUUGUAGUUCAUUCGCAUCAGUGUGAACCAGGCUUAACCGCAUUUAAUUAUAUGGCCCUAAAUCCUUCUUUACACAGGCGAAAUAUUGAUGACGAACAUAACGAUAAAGAUUACUUAAGCAAAUGCGAAUACAAUCAUAAAGACCAGCAACAGCGGUUGUGUCCAAAAAUUAGCCUCAAAACAAUUUUCGAUGAAAUCUCUGGGACGGCUUUUAACGACACGGCGAUCAGGGGCGGUGUGGUGGGCAUAAAGAUUACAUGGGAUUGUAACUUGGAUUACGACAAACAUAAAUGCCUCCCACGCUAUUCAUUUUUCAGGUAGGAAUAGUUUUAAACGAUCUUGCUAACAGCAAGAAAAUUAGUAGGCCAAAAAAUGUUCGGAUUUAAAAAAAAAGUAUUUUAUUCUUAAUUUUUAUUAUUAAAAAUGCUUAAGACUAGAAUUUGUAUAAAAAGGUAUGGUUAAAGUUGACUUCAGUUAGUGCGAAAGUUAACCAAUGAAAAUCGCAUAUUUUACAGUUAACUGUUAUAUAACUACACUACACAAAAUAAAAGGUAGUUAAGAGUUUAAUAAGGUUAAAAAGUAGUUAAAACGAGCGUCUCACUUAAUAUUCUGUCUCGUGUGCCGUUAGGGGCGCAGGAACCGGUGGGUGGGGGGCACAGGGGGCACGUGCCCCCAAAUUUUUUCAAAAGACCAAAAGUGCCCUUUUUUGUGAUGAAAAGUGCCCUUUUUGUACAAGCUGAUGUCGCUGUGAAUGCUAAAUUAACAUAAAGGUGCCCUAUUUGUUCGGAAAUUUUGAUGUUUUUAAAAAACAUUUGGUCAAAAACAUCCAAUUUCGGUGUAGUAUGACAAGAACAUUUUUGUUCCUCCCCCUCCCCCGUCGUCAACAUUUCCGGGAAAAUCUUUUUAGUUGCCCUUUUCAAUGUCCAAAAGUGCCCCUGGAAGCCGGUGUCCCCCCCCAUAUUUUGAUGCUUUCUACCAGUGCUGUAGAACUAAAUUUACCCGAAAGGGGGUGGGGGGGGGGGCUCUCUUGACGAGCAUGAAGCCGUGAAUCGUAAAAAAUGCGUGACGUCACACAUGAAACAUUGAAACAAGAUAAGGUAUCGAUUUAUUAAGGACGCCAUUUUAGUAAUUUUGAUUCUACUUCACGAAAAAGUAGUCCAAGUUUUGUUCAAUAAAUUCUCGAUUUUCUAAAGUAGAAGGCGAGAGCGAGUGGAAAAAGUCGCGCAAUCGACUUUAUGCGACCACUUUCUUUUGAAAUACAAGCAAUCAAGUGCAACAACAGAUGAGGUUGACUGCACGCAUUUGAAAAGAGAGUGAUCGCAAAAAGUCGAUCGCGCGACUUUUUCCACUGAAUGGAAAUCCGCCUAUAGGCGUUAUAAGCUCGCUACCGAGUCGCCACAGUAUUGCACGGUAUUUACAGCGUUGUCUUUUGUUUUUACAGGUUAGAUAAUCCGCUCUCGAAGGUUUCACCAGGAUAUAAUGUAAGGUAGGCACGACAACAGGGUGCGGUAAUUCGCAUAUACACGUAAAAACGCACAAGUUAAUUGUAACAAACCUGCAGCAGACUUGUAGCAAUGCUGUCCCAACAACUUGUCAACAGGAUGUGUUCGCACUGCUUGUUCCCAGCUUGUUGACAAGUUGUCAACGGCUUGUUGACAAAUUGCUACAGGGUUGUUGAGUUCAACAGACUUGUUCCAACAACUUGUUAUCGUCCUGCAAUUCAACAAUUUGUUGCAAUUUGUGAACAAGUUGCGACUGACAACCCUGUAGCAACUUGAUAAACUAACAGCAUUGUUACAACUUGUUGAGAAGCUUGCUACAAGCCUGUUGCGAACACAUCUUGUUGACAAGUUGUGAGAUUUUUACGUGUGCAUACAAUUACGUAUCAGAGAUACCCCGCAAUAUCACGAUCUUGUACAUCUUUUCUUCAGCCAUGCAAGUACACGCCGGUACGCUAUAUACUCUUGCUAUCUGUGUACACUCUAAAAUUAACAGCGUUUGGGGUAACUUAAAGUUCUUAGUUAAAUUUCCUGGCUAAUUUAACCACAGUCCUAGUUAAUUUCAUCUUAGGGCCUGUUCAUAUUCAAGGGAUUGUAAAUAGUAUACGAGUGAUGUUUGGAAAUUUUGCCAAAAUUGGACGAGCCGCCGAUUACUUGUUUAUUAUUAGCAUGACAAAAUUGGAUAAUUCUCAAUGUCAACAUCAUAUUAUCUCGCCAAAGCCCAGUCUUGCCAGACUUUCAACCAAAAUUUGGUGCUUUUGUUCGUGUUUCAAUUAGUUUCUCUAGGCCAUUUCAUUUGUAUUUAAAUAUACCUUUCCGCCAUUUUGUUCGUUUUGGGAAAAUAUACUGCAGUACAAGUAAUGAAAUAAUUGUACUCCUCUCAACCAAUCAGCAUCCAGUAAUUUUGUCAUGCUAAUAAUAAGCCACGAUAGUAAUUAACCGGGACUGUGGUCAAAUUAACCAGGGAAUUUAAUCAGAAACACAAGUUACUUCAAACAGUGUCAAUUUUAACCAGGAUUUUUAAAUUUUUUUUCUGGUGCUUUUUUCUUUAGCCAAGUACCACAUAGGUGUGCGGUAGUAUAUACAUAUUGAUGGUACCAUAUGACCAGCAAACUUGCUAAGGUCCCAGUUACACGAUACCUGAUUCGCAUCGGAGCGAGUCCACGAACAUCAACUGAGACGCUUUUCGACCUCUUACAAACUUUUCAUAUUUGAAGUUUUCGACUAAUUCUGUUAUAUUACCAUAAUUUUAAGCAUGGCCGGAUUUUGAGGGGAGGUGUGGAGAGGUGCGCACCUUUCCUGAGAUCGUUUUGCACCUCCCCUGAGAAUUUUUGCACCUCCCCUGAAAAGACAUGCACCUCCCCUUCGGAAAGUUUCAAUGAUAGAUCAAAGUGAAGAUUUGACAUUUUUUGGUUGCUUAUAGGGUAUACUCUUCGUAAGAAAGUUUUUCAGUAAGAUUGAAACAGUGAUAGCCAUUCAUCUCUGUGUAAUGUUUUGAAAGACACUUUGUAGUAAUUUUAACAAAAUUGGAUGAUUGUACUGUCAUAAUGCAUACAUUUUUUCCACUUCCCCCACUAUUUCCACCAAAAUCCGGCCUUGAUUUUAAGUGCUAAAUUCCCCUUGAAACGGUAAAAUUUGAUGUCGCUCCGGGCCUAAGGUAUUCAAAACCGUAAUAGGACACUAUUUACUUCACUUACAGAAUUGCCCAAUAUGACAUGACGGACAAGAAGUUUGCACGCAGAACUUUAAUUAAAGCUUAUGGAAUACGGUUUGUUAUUAUGGUAGAUGCCCAGGUAAGGUUAUUCGAAAGGAAAAUAAAUAAGACGGAAGAAGAAGAUUCCGUGUGGCUUGUACACCAAUUUCUUCAUUUAUUGUAGGCUGGGAAAUUCGACAUCGUACCUCUGCUACGCAACUUUGGCGCUGGCUUAGGACUACUGACAUUGGUAAGUUUAUAUUGUCAUUAACUUGAGACAAAGUUUCAUACGUUUAUUUGCUUCUGUGUACUUUUUUCGCAGGCAACCGUAUUGUGCGAUAUAUGUGUACUGUACUGCCUUAAGAAGAAGUCUUACUACCGCAGUCAGAAGUAUCUUUAUGUCGACUCCGACCAGGACGAAAACCAGGCAAGUGCAUGAAAAAGUCUUGUUUAAAUACCCAAGAUGAGCUAGCUCAUCCUAACUGAGCAUGCGUAUAUUGUCCAUGCUGACGUGUACUGAAUAAUGUAUUGAGGUGAUCGGCAAAAUGUUUUAUUCAAUGAUACAAUUUUGACGAUAAGAAAAGGCUAAAGGCCCAUAUAUUACGUGACUCAAACAUGAUUAAGGACAUUAUAAACUUACC